CCUCUAUUCGUCAUACUGAAUACUCGCUUUUCAUUGGUUAAUUCAAGUGAGCACAUCGCCCACGUGACCUCUCUGCCAUUUGACUGUAAUGAGACUGCGCAAUGUGGGGAGUUAGCAUUACGGAGUGACAGUGGAACCGAUAUUAAUGGUUUGUUGUGAAUUCCCGGUACUCUUAUGAACCAUAGUCAACCGUUUUUAGAAGAAUCCGUUUUUUGGGGGGAGUCAUGCGGCGGAGUAAAGUUGAAGUGGACCGUUACGUCUCCUCCGUACAGAGUUCGUCUCCUUCACUCAAAGAGAAGCCAGUCAAAGGGUUUUUAUUUGCCAAAUUGUACUUUGAAGCAAAGGAAUAUGAACUGGCCAAAAGACAUGUAUCCGAGUACCUCAAAGUCCAGGAGAGAGAUCCGAAAGCACAUAAAUUCCUGGGACAGCUCUUCGAGAGAGAGGGAGACAUCAACAAGGCAGUAGGAUGUUACAAGCGGUCAGUGGACCUGAACCCAGCCCAAAGGGAUCUGGUGCUGAAGGUGGCUGAGUUACUGGUCAGUAAGCAGGAAUGUGACAGCAGAGCAGAGUUCUGGGUGGAGAAAGCUGCCAAGCUGCUGCCAGGAAACCCUGCCGUCUUCAACCUGAAGGAGCGCCUGUUGAAUCGCCAGGGUCAGCCGGGUUGGAACCGGUUGUUCGACCUCCUCCAGGCCGAGCUGGCGGCGAGGCCAGCUGACGCUCAUGUGAACGUGAAGCUGGUGCAGCUGUUCUGUCAGGACGGGCGGCUGGACGAAGCCGUUAAACACUGCCUGGCUGCUGAGAAAAGGGGCCUGCUGAGCCACAGCCUGGACUGGUACACGGUGGUGGUGCGCACACUGCAGGAUUAUCUAGCUCAGCCCAGCAUCUCUGGUAAUGAGAAGACGUGUCGGCGUCUCCAGAGAGAGCUGCUGUUGGCCCACUGCAGCCUGCUCAGAAUCACACUGUCUGAGAGCAGCAUGCAGCCGAGCUUCGAUGCCCUCACAGGUUUUGACCAAGCUAUGCAGACGCUGAGCAGCAUUGCUGGCCGCCACUCAGACGAUCUUUGUGAGGCGUUUGUGGAAAUGAGAGGUCACCUCUACCUGCAUGCUGCCACGCUGCUGUUGAAGCUGGCUCAGGACCACCAACAGACCUGGAGGGCUGUCAUCGACCUGGCUGCACUGUGCUACCUGCUGGCAUACCAGGUCCCGAGACCGAAGGCUAAAGUAAACAAAAGAGACCAGUCUGCCCCACAGCUCCUGGAGCUGCUGGCCAACGACCGACAGAGUCAGGCCGGUCACAUGUUGCUGAAUCUGAGCACUGACUCAUCCACCUUGAUCAGAGAGGUGGUGGAGGCGUUUGGGAACCGUAGUGGUCAGGAGUCUCUGUUUGAACUCCUGUUUGGACCACAGGCCUCCACUGGAGCUUCCUUUAUUGCCAACGAUGACAUUCAUUCCAUUAACACCAUGGCUCCAGAGCUCUCUCAACUCGUCAAAUGGGACGCUGGAUCCAUUCUGCUGCAUGCUGGUGACUUGCAACACCUGAGCUGGUUGGGGCUACAGUGGAUCCUGCUGGCCCAGAGACCAGCCCUGCGGGACUGGCUGCAGCAGCUGUUUCCAAGGCUAACUCUGGAAACCUCCAAGCUGGACACCAACGCGCCAGAGUCCAUCUGCCUGCUCGACCUGGAGGUGUUUGUACAUGGAGUGGUGUUCUGUAGCCACUGUCAGCUCCAGGAGACGGCGAAGAUCAGCAGCGGCGUGAACCCGCAACAACAGCAGCAGCUCUACGAGCCUCGCUGCCUCCCCCUCCCCCUCCUGCGCCUCUUGGCCACUGACAGACAGAGGGAGUGGUGGGACGCCAUCUACAGCCUCAUUCACAAACGAACAGCUCCUGGUAUGUCGGCCAAACUGCGGAUGAUUGUGCAGCAUGGACUGAGCUCUCUGAGGGCCGGAGAGAAACACGGGCUCCAGCCAGCCAUGGCCAUCCACUGGGCCCAGUGUCUCAGCCAGACGGGUGAUGGAGUGAACUCGUACUACGACCAGAAAGAGUACGUCGGCCGCAGUGUCCACUACUGGAAAGUUGUACUUCCACUGUUGGAAAGGAUCAGGAACAGACGCAGUAUACCAGAACCACUUGAGCCGCUCUUCAUACACUUUCCCUCCAAAGAUAUUCAGAUGUCUUCUGUGAAGGGCCAUGAAGACGAAGCCAAUAUUGCGUUUUCGGUUCUCCUCGACAUUGAAGGCAAGACAGAGGAGGCCAUCGCUACUUUAGAAUCCAUCAAUAACAUGUCAUCCAUCUGGCAUUUGGCACAGAUCUACCAGCGGCUAUCAGAGGAGGCCAGCAACGGCGUUGAGGAGACCCAAGACAGGUGCAUCACUUUUCUGAGAAAGUUCAGGACCUACCUGUCCAAGAUCUACAACGCCAAUGCAGAUGACAUUGAGAAGCUGCCCGUCUCCAUGGAGGAAGUCGUGGACCUCCUGAGUGAUGUGAACCAGCAGCUGGGUGAGAGUGCGGAGGCUUUGGAUGAAGAGGAGAAGGAGGGUCGAAGAGGACCGGCCCACUCCAGCCCCGCCCAUCCCAUAGAAACCUCUACCACAGUGUCCCACAUAAAGUUCUCCACUCUGUCUCCUAACAAAAGCAUCAUAUCUCCGUCUAAAAGACACCUGAUUUCUCCCAAAACACCACCUCAUUGGGUGGAGGACCAGAAAAGUCUCCUCCAGAUGCUUUGUCAGCAAGUGGAAGCCCUCAAGAACGAGGUUCAUGAUCUGAGACACAACUCUUCAGGGAACGCAGGCUCCCCUCAUCACAAGAUGUAUGGUGAGAGCUACGGGGCCGAGGGCCUCCAGGAAGCCUUUACCCCGGUCCAGUCCUACCAUGGGGCCCCUCUAACAGUUACCACCACAGCCCCCUCGGCGUACUACAACCAGUCUCCAGCUUAUAACUCUCAGUAUCUCCUGCGCACAGCAGCAAAUGUCACCCCCACUAAGGGCCCAAUGUAUAAUAUGAACCGUAUGCCACCUCAGCAGCAUAUGUAUGCCUACCAGCAGCCCACUCAUACGCCUCCGCUGCAGACGGCCCCAGCCUGCAUUUACCCGCCUCAAGAACAGGUCUUUGGAGCUCCUCUUCGGUUUGAAUCGCCGGCCACAAGCCUUCUUUCACCAUAUAGUGAAGAAUAUUAUGGGCAGAGUGUAACCCAACAAACCACCAACCCUCCCCUGCCUGAACCUGGCUACUUCACCAAGCCAUCGGUAGUCCCCGUUCAGCCACCUAAGAGCCUUGAUGGGAAGCCUAUGGACUUUGGGAAGCUCUCCUUCAGCCCGCAGGUGCCUGCUGAAGUCCCUAAAGUGCCCAGUUUCGGAGCAGGAGCAGUCGCCCAGUCAACACCUUUAGCUGCUUUUAAAUUCAACUCCAACUUUAAAUCCAACGAUGGAGAUUUCACUUUCCCACCUUCCCAGUCCAAGCACAGUGAAAGUCUGCUGGGUCUUCUCACGUCAGACUUCCCCUCUAAAAUAGAUACCGUCCCAGAGAAGCCUCCCGCCCAGGAGCAACCCCCCGGCCAAGCGGGCAUCUUCACCUUUGGAAAUAAAGGUGCUCCUGGCUUCUCCUUUACUGAUUCUGCACAGAGCACACGCACUGGAAGUCUCUUUGGAAAUGUGGAUCAGCCAUUUUCAUUUGGGGAUGUCACCAAGCCAGCGUUUGGGGUUGAAGAACAACAAGCCGCAGAGAGCGACGAUGAGAGCACUCAUGUUGACGAGGAUGAAGACGGUCCUCACUUUGAACCCAUUGUACCCCUUCCUGAUAAAGUAGAUGUCAAAACGGGUGAGGAGGAGGAGGAGGAAAUGUUUUGCAACCGGGCAAAGCUGUUUCGAUUUGACACGGACACAAAGGAGUGGAAGGAGCGGGGAAUCGGCAAUGUUAAAAUCCUAAAACACAGCGCCAAAGGGAAGGUCCGCCUCUUAAUGAGGAGGGAGCAGGUGCUUAAGAUCUGUGCAAACCACUACAUCAAUGCCGAUAUGCUACUGAAAGCAAAUGCUGGCUCUGACAAAUCCUGGGUCUGGAAUGCCAUUGAUUAUGCAGAUGAGGAGCCUAAGCCUGAACAGCUGGCUAUCCGCUUCAAGACGUCAGAUGAGGCAUCGCUUUUCAAAUCCAAGUUUGAGGAAGCCCAGAAAGUUAUUCUCAAAUCAGCAAAAAAGUACAAUCAACAGGAGAAGAAAGAGGAAUACAUCAAAGGUUCUCAAUCACUGGCAGCCCAGUUUUCCCGUAAAGAUGGGGAAUGGGACUGCACUGUGUGCUGUGUACGAAACAAACCCACGGAUAUGCAAUGUGCCGCUUGUCAAAGUGCCAAUCCCAAUUCUUCAUCCAAGCCAGACAUUCAGGCUGCCGGUGCAACCAAAGCCAGUCCCUUCACUUUCAAAUUUGGUACAGAUUCAUCAAAACCCAGUAGUUCUGGCUCUACUUUUACUGGAUUUGGUGCUUUUGGAGGAUCUAUGCCCUCCUCAUUCACAUUUGGCACCUCAAAACCUGCUGAAGCAGUAACCAGUGCUUUUGGUUCUGGUUUUGGGUCUCAGUUUGGCAAGAAGCCAGGCCAAUGGGAGUGUGAUGUGUGUGAAGUAAGAAACGAGGCCUCUGCAGACAGUUGUGUUGCCUGUAAAGCUCCUAAAGCCUCAGAUAAAACAACUGCGAUAGCACAAACGGGUUCUGGUUUUGGGUCUCAGUUUGGCAAGAAGCCAGGCCAAUGGGAGUGUGAUGUGUGUGAAGUAAGAAACGAGGCCUCUGCAGACAGUUGUGUUGCCUGUAAAGCUGCUAAACACUCAGAUAAAACAACUGCGACAGCACAAACGGCCCCACCUGCAGAAGCACCAUCUAUAUCUGCUGUCGGCUCUGGAUUUGCUGCCCAGUUUAGCAAGAAGCCCGGACAGUGGGACUGCAAUGUAUGCGAAGUAAGAAACGAAGUCUCUGCUGACAAUUGUGUCGCCUGUAAGACCCCCAACCAUGCUGCUAAACCAACAGAGGGGGUUCCAGUAGCAUCAAAUCUGCCAGCAGUGUCGGGAUUCGGGGCUGAUUUUGCAAAAACUAAAGGGCAGUGGGACUGCAAUACCUGCCUGGUCAGAAAUAAUGCAUCAUCUGCAGAAUGCAUUUCCUGUCAUUCCCCACAUGCCACUCCCUCUUUAGCAGCCAUGUUUGCCAUGAAGGACGGGGAAUGGGACUGUGACGCUUGUCUGGUGAGGAACGAUGCCUGUGCCGAUAAGUGUGUGGCCUGUCAAGCGGCAAAUCCCAACGCUAAAAGCACAACCAGCGCGGCUCCCUCGGCCUCCCCGUUCAGCUUUACAUUUGGCAACAAAAGUUCAUCAAGCCAGCCUGCUGGGACGGGAUUUACAAUGCCUUUUGAAACUGGCAACGCUUUUCAAUUUGGUCCAAACAAAGAGAAAAUCUCAGCUGCUUCUUUUAAGUUUGAAGCUCCUCCGUCUGGAUCCAGCGCCACAAGUUCUUCAGGCUUCUCUUUCUCAUUGCCCGGUGCAGCUGGUGGCUUCAAGUUUGGCAUUCAGGACUCUGCACAAGAAACUCCCUCCACUGAUGAUCAAAUGCCUCCAUCAGGGUCAGCCUCCAGUUUUCUGAAGAGCAUAGCUGACAAGCACAAGGAGCAAGAAAAUGUGUCUACUCCCUUAGUGGACCAAACGGAGCAAGAGGAAAAUCCAUUGAUUUCUGGAAAAACCUCAACAUUCAGUUUUGCUGAUUUGGCAGAGACCUCUGAAGGAGACUUCAAGAUUAGCCAGGACGACCCCAAUUUUAAAGGUUUCUCUGGGGCUCGUGCGCAGCUGUUCACGAUCCCCACCAGGGCAGAGGCCACUAAUGAGCUGGAAGAAGACGACAUGUACAAAACCGAGGAAAACGAUGACAUCCAGUUUGAACCAGUGGUCCAGAUGCCUGACAGGGUGGACCUGGUGACGGGGGAGGAGGAUGAACUGGUUCUCUAUUCUCAGCGUCUCAAACUGUUCCGGUUUGACUUGGACACAAGUCAGUGGAAAGAGCGGGGUGUAGGAAUCCUUAAAUUCCUGAAAAACACCUCUAACGGCAGGCUGAGGGUGCUGAUGAGAAGAGAGCAGGUUCUGAAGGUGUGCGCCAACCACUGGAUCACCACCACCAUGAAUCUUAAGCCCCUGGCCGGCUCAGACAAAGCGUGGAUGUGGAUGGCCAAUGACUUCGCUGACGGGGAUGCUAAACUUGAACAGUUGGCCGCCAAGUUUAAGACCCCAGAGCUUGCUGAGGAGUUUAAGGAGAAGUUUGAGGAGUGUCAGAGACUUCUCUUGGACAUUCCCCUACAAACCCCUCACAAGCUUGUUGACUCAGGCAGAACCGCUCUCCUCAUUCAGAAGGCAGAGGAAAUGAAGUCUGGUUUAAAAGACUUGAAGUUCUUUUUGACCGACGAGAGAACAAAGAUCAAAGAAGACGACAGACAGGGAGACGUUGCAACAUCCAGCAAUGUUUCAAACCUUGUGAUCAAGCCUCUCGGUGAAACCACCGGCCCCACCUUAGAGUGGGACAAUUACGACCUAAGAGAAGAUGCCUUAGACGAUACUGCUGACUCAUCAGUCUAUCCCGCUCCUCUGGCCAGCAGCCCCCUGAGAAAGAACCUCUUCCGCUUCGGAGAAUCCACCGGUGGAUUUAACUUCAGCUUCCAACCCGGCAUCAGCCCCUCCAAGUCUCCUGCGAACCUGAACCAGAGCAGAGCCUCAGUGGGCACUGAUGACGAGCAGGAUGUGACCCAGGACGAGGAGAGGGACGGCCAGCACUUUGAGCCCGUGGUCCCUUUGCCGGAUCUGGUGGAGAUUUCUACAGGGGAGGAGAAUGAACAGGUGGUCUUCAGUCACAGGGCCAAGCUGUAUCGCUACAACAAGGAACUGGGCCAGUGGAAGGAGAGGGGCAUCGGAGACCUCAAGUUCUUGCAGAAUUUCGACACCAAGCGAGUGAGGUUGAUAAUGAGGAGAGACCAGGUCCUUAAGAUCUGUGCCAACCACUGGAUCAGCGCAGCCAUGAAGCUGGAGCCCAUGAAGGGAGCGGAGAAGGCCUGGGUCUGGAGUGCCCUGGACUUUGCUGAAGUAGCAGAGGGUAACAUUGAGCAGCUGGCUGUGAGGUUCAAGCUGCAGGACACUGCGAACACAUUCAAGCAGGUAUUCGAAGAGGCCAAGUUUGCCCAAGAAACGGGGGAACUCAUGACUCCGGUGAUGUCCGGGGUUGCCACACCUCAAGACGAUGGCCCUGCAGCGUAUCCACAGGCGGCUACACCUGUGUGUGGGAAGGCAGCCAUCGCUGUUCUGGAGGAGACCACAAAGGAACGUACAGAGCUUCCUCCCGAGUGUAAGCCGAGUGCAGCCGUGUCCCCAAGUCCAGUCAACCCCUCAAAGACAGUGGUGUCCCCCCCGAAGUUUGUCUUCGGCACUCAAAGCCUUCAGAAGUUUUUCGGCUCUCUUAAGUUUCACUCUGAGACUGAGGACUCGGCAUCUGGGUUCACAGCCAAAGAUCCUGGACGUCCUGGCAAGGCUUCUCCUGCAUUCAAAAUCCCAGAGAAAGGGCUGGAUUUUAGGCUUUUCAAAGAUAACCCAAUGGCUUUUUGGACCAGCACAUCAACAACCCAAUUUGAACCCCCAGGGCCACCUCAGGCAGCGGGAGGCAGUGCAGGGUCGGGUGAGGACUCGGAGGUGGAGGUGGUCUAUGUCAGGGAGCCCACUGAGGAACAGGCCGCUUUAGCCAGGAAGCUCCUGCUGCCUCUCACCUUCUUCUGCUACCAGAACGAACCCGGCUACACCAGCGACGAUCCAACUGAUGAUGAGGACUUUGAGUCAGCAGUAAGCGCCUUGAAUGGAAAGCUCUACCCUGAUCCUCCUGAGAGAAAGGCUGCAGCAUGUGGUGAUGAGCCAGACUGCCAGGUGGUGUGGGAAAAGAAGCCGACACCGGAGGAGGAAGAGAAGGCCCAAAGCCUCCAGCUUCCACCCACCUUCUUCUGCGGCCUGAGCACCACAGACAGCGACCCGGACCACGACAAGCCAGAAGACUUUGAGACAGAAGUCCGCAAGGCGCAGCAAGACCUGGGGGCCCAGUUAAACCAAGCUGAAGAAGCCUCCAGCAGCCCCGCUGUAGUUCCAGAAGAUCCAACAUCUGGCCCGUCAUCCAGCAGCCCUGCUGCAGCUCCAGAAGAACCAACAUCUGGCCCGUCAUCCAGCAGCCCCGCUGCAGCUCCAGUAGAACCAACAUCUGGCCCGUCAUCCAGCAGCCCCGCUGCAGCUCCAGUAGAACCAACAUCUGGCCCGUCAUCCAGCAGCCCCGCUGUAGCUCCAGUAGAACCAACAUCUGGCCCGUCAUCCAGCAGCCCCGCUGUAGCUCCAGUAGAACCAACAUCUGGCCCGUCAUCCAGCAGCACAGGAGCUGCAGACAGCACGUCUGCACCGGAGCGGCAGUCCUCAGACCAGCCGACCGAGACUCGGAGUGAAGCUCCUGGCAGCAGCUCUCCCAUUGACCUGUCGACUAAGAAGAGCCCAGAACCAGAGUCCAGCACUAGGCCUUCAAUUACAGCCAGUGAAGACAACUUUGGUUUCCACUCGUUGGGAGGUUCCUCUUUUGCUGAUCUGGCCCAAACCACAGACGCAUAUGCAUUUGGAUCUCAAGACUCCAACUUCUCGUGGGCGAAUGCUGGAGCAACAGUAUUUGGGAAAGGUUUGUCCUCUGCGCCAAAAACCGGCGGCGAGGAGGGCAGCGAUGAAGAGGACGCUUCUAAUAACGAGGACAUUCACUUUGAGCCGAUCGUGUCACUACCAGAGGUGGAGACCAAGUCUGGAGAAGAGGAUGAGGAAAUCCUGUUCAAGGAGCGCGCCAAGCUGUACCGGUGGGACCGAGACCUCGGCCAGUGGAAGGAGCGCGGCGUCGGGGACCUCAAGAUCCUCUACCACCCGACCAAACGCUUCUACCGAGUCCUGAUGAGAAGAGAGCAGGUGCUGAGGGUUUGUGCCAACCACACCAUCACACAGGCGAUGGACCUCAAGCCCAUGAACGCCUCGGCUAACGCGCUGAUCUGGACCGCCACCGACUACUCGGAUGGCGACAGUGCAGUGGAGCAGCUGGCGGCCAAGUUCAAAACCCCCGAAAUAACCGAAUCCUUCAAGAAGACCUUCUGUGAGUGUCAGAGCCGCACCGGUCAAAUCGAAGGCGAUGGGUCGUGUAUCUCCUCACCGCAGAUGUCCAGAGUUCAGGAGCACUCCAGAGACACGAACCCCCAGGUGUUCCUCCAAGUCACCGCCGACGGCCAACCGCUGGGCACCAUCACCGUAGAGCUGUUCUCCCACAUCGUCCCAAAGACAGCAGAGAACUUCAGGGCUCUCUGUACCGGAGAGAAGGGCUUCGGAUUCCGGGACUCCAUCUUCCACCGAGUCAUACCGGCCUUCAUGUGUCAGGGCGGUGACAUCACCAACAGCGACGGCACAGGAGGGAAGUCCGUCUACGGCAGCAAGUUUGAGGACGAGAACUUUGACGUGCGGCACACAGGCCCCGGCAUUCUGUCAAUGGCCAACCGGGGGCGCGACACCAACAACUCCCAAUUCUUCAUCACCCUGAAGAAAGCCGAACACCUGGACUUCAAACACGUGGCUUUCGGCUGGGUUCGGGAAGGCAUGGAUGUUGUGCAACAGAUGGGAGAGAUGGGCACAAAGGGAGGCAAGCCCGCAAAGAAGCUCGUCAUCACAGACUGUGGACAGCUGUAGCGUUUUAAAUGUUAAGAUCCAGAUGUGCAGCUAAAGUCAAAAAAGACUUUGGAUAAUGACGCGUUUCCUGCUAGACCUGAAGCCAUUGUCAUUGUCGGCAUCUGAGAAUUAAACAGUGAUUACAGGACUACGGAUCAAGACCCUUCAUCUAGAAACUUGACUCCAGUAGCCUGGAAUAAUAAAUAUAUAUUUUGCUACCCUAUAACAUGAUCACAAUUGGCAAACAUGGUGUAGUAUGAGGGAGGAGGUAUUUAGAGCAAACACAGUAUACUUUUGCUCUCUUGCAUCUUUAUCAUGAUCUGUCAAUAAAUUCUCACUUGUUUAUUUUUUGUGUAUAAUUGUACAUGGGCUACUUUUUAAAUCUUUUUUUGUUUUGUUCUUUUGUCUCGCAUAUGCUCAAAUGAUAUGUGCUGGUCCUCUUCAUAAGCUCCACUUUGGUAUGUUUUCCCUUUUUGAGGGAGUCUUAACUACAAUUGAAAGGUGAGGUUGUUAUUUGAAUGCACCUGUUGGUUUAACUGUACUUUUUACUGUUGGGCUCCUCCAGUGAUUUCUUUCUUUGUGUAAGUGACUUUCACAAUGUGCAGAUAAAUAAUUUGAGUCCUCUCACUGUGUUGCUAGAUGACCACAUCACAUCUGGUUUGGAUUUUACAAAGGCGAUCCAUUAUAAUCACAAAGUUUGAAAUAAUUUGCUCAUAAAGGAGAAAUAAAGUUGCUUUAUAAGUAA